AUUCCACGCACGCGCGUUGUCCAACCCAAACCGCGCGUUGCGUUGAAUUUGUACUCCCGACCCCAAAUCGGGAUAAAUGUGGAUCGUUGAACGCGAGUUCGUUUCAUAAUCGCCGUCGGUUGCAUCGAAAUAUAAUACAAAAUUCGAAAAUGAUCACCAGAAGGAUAUCCAGUUUGAGCAGACGACGAAUUGAAAGCCAGUUAGAUCACUGGUUGUUUCUUAAACACAGCGUGAUAAGGAGCAGUGAUAUCCCCAAAAAUACGAGCGGUGGUAACGAUGGUCUAAAGAGCAAUAUGAGGCAAUUUUACGAUGGGCUAAAGCCGCACAAAGCAAACGAUGUACAGACAGAUGUUGCUUUGUUUGAAAUGUUCAAAAAUCAAGAGACAGGACUUCUUUCUAUUGGGAAUUUCCUAUCGGCAUUGAAAGCAACUGGUCUCAGGAAAAAUGAUCCUCGUUUGAGAGAUAUGAUGGAAAAUCUUAAGAAAUUGUCUAGGAAAAAUGCGAAUGGCCAUGCUGUUGACACGCAAAAAUUGAAUUUCGAGCAAUUCAAAAGGAUAAUAUCAACAAAUAUAGGACUUAUAGCAGCAGCUUUUAGACAUCAAUUCAUCAUACCAGAGUUCCAAGAUUUCAGCAAAGAAAUUGAAGAGAUCUAUUGGAAGUGUAAAGAAAAUGAUUCUGGAACGGUAUGUAAUUUUAUAAUACUAGUCUAAAUUCGCGGAUUCGCCUAGGUGGAGCAAGCAUAUAGUAUUACUCAGAUCCCAACAGUGAGGGUCGUAAGUUAGGUAAGGAUUCUGCACUUUGGAUGGGAAAAACAUUGAAACUCACCCGAGCGGGAUGGCCUUGAGCAAAGCAAGCCAUUUGACAUCCGUUUCGACCUAAGACCUGAUAAGGCAACCAGAGGACGAUUAAAAAUGACUAUUUUCUCAUGAAAAGCGUUAUUGUGGCUUGUUUAUAAGAAAUCACUAUUUGUUUCCGACGAUUUUUUAGUUCUUUUGAAGACCCAUAUUUUUUAUAGAUACGAAGAUGGCACUUUGUGUGGUCUCGUAUCGCUAUUCAAAUAAUUUUGUUUCAGGUAGCUUCUUACAUUCCCCAACUGAAAAGAAUGAGUCCAAAUUACUGGGGAGUGAGUAUAGUAACCAUAGACGGCCAAAGAUACUCGAUAGGUGAUGUAAAUAUCCCUUUCACCAUACAGUCUUGCAGCAAACCACUAUCAUACGCAAUUGCGCUCGAUUUACUUGGAGCAGAUGUUGUUCAUACUUACGUGGGACAAGAACCGAGUGGCAGGAAUUUCAACGAAUUAAUUUUAGAUCAUAAUAAAAAACCGCAUAAUCCCAUGAUAAACGCUGGAGCGAUCAUCAUAUGCUCCCUCUUAAAAACAAUGUAUAACCCAGAUAUGAGUUCAGCAGAAAAAUUUGACUUCACUCUGAAUUACUUCGAAAGAUUAGCUGGUGGUCAAGAUCUCGGUUUCAAUAACGCUGUAUUCCUUUCAGAAAGAGAAUGCGCUGAUAGAAACUAUGCUCUAGGUUUCUAUAUGAGAGAGCACAAAUGUUUUCCAGAAAACAGCAAGUUUAGAGAAUGCAUGGAUUUCUAUUUUCAGUGCUGUUCCUUAGAAGCAAAUUGUGAGAUCGUUUCGGUAAUCGCCGCCACAUUGGCAAAUGGUGGCAUCUGUCCAAUUUCGGAGGAGAAGGUACUCAAACCAGAAAGUGUUAGAGACGUUCUGUCUCUGAUGCAUAGUUGUGGGAUGUACGACUACUCCGGACAAUUUGCUUUCAAGGUUGGGUUGCCCGCAAAAUCUGGUGUGAGCGGGGGAAUGCUUGUGGUGGUACCAAAUGUAAUGGGUAUGUGCCUUUACUCACCGCCUUUGGAUGCGUUAGGGAACAGCUGUAGAGGAGUGCAAUUCUGCGAAGAGUUGGUGAAAAAAUUCAACUUCCACAGAUACGAUAAUUUGAGACACGCUUCUAACAAAGCCGAUCCGAGGAAGCAUAAGUAUGAGACUAUAGGCUUAAAUAUAGUCAAUUUGCUCUCUUCUGCAGCCUCUGGAGACUUGCCAGGUCUAAGAAGGCAUAAGUUAUCUGGGGUAGAUAUGAAAUUGGCAGACUAUGAUGGCAGAACGGCCCUACACUUAGCUGCAGCUGAAGGGCAUGCAAACUGUGUUGAAUUCCUCUUAAAAUACUGCAACGUUCCGGUCAACGUUAAAGACCGGUGGGGUAGAACACCUCUGGAGGAAGCGGUGGCUUUCGGGCAUACAGACGUCAUUAACCUUUUGCAGUUAUGGGACGAAGAAGCUAGCAGGAAUUCCAAAGAUCACUCGGAUGAUGGCGAACCUCUUAUACCAGAAUUUGUAGCCAAACAGGAUAACUAAUUCAGGAUACGGUCUUUUUAUUUAUUUAUUUAUUUUUCUGGUCGAUUGUCUAAAUCAGUGGUCGCCAACCUUUUCAGUGUGUUGAGCUACUUUGAUAAUUUUGGAACAAUUAGUGAGCUACCUAGUCGUAAACAAUGUAAGCCAACUUAAAUGAAAUUAUACACAGUUGUAUGCGACAUACAUAUGUUCAUUCUACUAAUACUAAUAGAUGCUAAUAAACUUAAAUAAACUAACCGCUAGAUUUUGUACCGUUCAGUUUUAAGCCGAGGGCACUGUCGCCGCGCCUUGCAUAUUUAUUCCGUUCAAAGUAAUCGAGAUCGUUCCCGAACAGAUCGCUCACCGCAGUCUUGCCGCUGCUUGUGUUUAUUACGAGAAUUUACAAAAUUUACGGAAGCUUCUACGAUUUCUAGACCUUCUUAAAAUAUGUUGUGAGCCACCAGAAGUACCUUUGCGAGCUACCGCUGGCUCGCGAUCGACGGGUUGGCGACCACUGGUCUAAAGUUUGCUGAAAGUGUUCCAACUGGGUCAAUGUAUCGUUGACCGCGCCAGGAACUUGUAGUACAUUUUUUAAAUGAUCUCGGAUAUGAAAUUAUUGUUUCAUAUUCAAGAAAAGGUCAAUUUUCAAUUCAAUAUAUGAUUGUCGUCCAACUACAUAAUUGCAUAUACCAGGUGACCACUACUUGUAAAACAUUGAAAAAAAGUGUAAGGUACAAAAGAAAAUAAAAUGUUCAGUAUUAUCGGCGAAUAGUGAGAAGUGACAAUAAAUAGCUUUCAAUUGCAUAUA